CACAUUUUUGCGAUGCAUUUGCAUUGCAAAGAAUAGGAUUCAAAAUGAAAUUCUGUUGUGUGGAGUUAAAAAGCAUGGAAUUAAAACAAUGAUAUCAAUAAAUAUAUAUUGAAGUUGCAUAACCAGACGGAGCAAACGUCUGAAAGUGUGUACAUAUGUAUGUGUGUGUGACAGUCGCAAUUUCCAGAAAAUCAUACACAACGUUAAAUUUCGACGCCGUAAAAAACAAAAAAGCAAUCGAAACAACCUUUAAAUGGCGUAAAUAUCAUUGUUCCAUCUAACUCCAUAACAUCGCACCGUUCCUACUCCUUCCGUCAACGGCCGGACCAUCAAAUCUGCGACAAAGAAAAUCUAUUCUUCUUCUUUGUACAGUUUUCUAUGACGACAACAACAACAACAACAGCAGCAGCAGCAGCAACAUUUGACUCAGCUGCCAAGCCAAAUUCAAAAUCAAAAGGAGAACUGUAAAACAAUUUGCGGUAGUGCGUGUGUAUAUGGUGAAUGUUGUAUCAACAAUAAAGGAACUUGCAAAAAACUACAAUAUCCCGCGCGCGAACCACAAAGUUGUAGUAGUGCAAAUAUGAGUCUAUCGGCAACAUUGAGUACUACACCCGCAUCAACGGGCAAUGCGGCUCCUGUGCCCAACAGCAGUAAUGCCAGUGGGAGUGGUGGUAGCAGCAGCAGCAAUGGCAAUAAUAACAACAGUACAAGUUUGCCAUUUGAAAAAGAUAAGAUUUGGUACUUUAGCAAUGAUCAGUUGGGAAAUUCCCCAAGCCGUCGUUGCGGCAUCAAAAGCGAUGAUGAGCUACACUACAGGCAAAUGACUGCAUACUUAAUCCAAGAAAUGGGUCAGCGACUUCAGGUGUCGCAACUAUGCAUUAAUACAGCUAUAGUAUAUAUGCAUAGAUUCUAUGCAUUUCAUUCGUUUACCCAUUUCCAUCGAAAUUCUAUGGCGUCGGCCAGCCUAUUCCUUGCAGCUAAGGUAGAAGAGCAGCCAAGAAAGUUGGAACAUGUAAUACGAGCCGCCAACAAGUGCCUGCCACAAACAACCGAGCAGAGCUACGCAGAUCUUGCUCAGGAGCUUGUCUUCAAUGAGAACGUACUCUUGCAAACGCUUGGAUUUGAUGUGGCUAUAGAUCAUCCACACACACAUGUGGUGCGCACAUGCCAACUGGUUAAAGCAUGCAAGGAUCUGGCUCAAACCUCUUAUUUUUUGGCCUCAAACAGUUUACAUCUGACCUCCAUGUGCCUCCAAUAUCGACCUACUGUGGUUGCCUGUUUUUGCAUUUAUCUCGCAUGUAAGUGGUCCCGCUGGGAGAUACCACAAUCCACAGAGGGCAAGCAUUGGUUUUAUUAUGUAGAUAAAAGUGUUUCGCUCGAGUUGCUUAAACAGCUCACAGACGAGUUUAUUGCCAUUUACGAGAAGAGUCCGGCCAGGCUUAAAUCAAAGCUGAACUCAAUAAAGGCGAUAGCACAGGGCGCCAGCAAUCGAACAUCAAGCAACAAGGAUAAUAAGCAAAAGGAGGAAUGGAAAAUGAGCGAAAUGAUGAAGGGCUAUCACUCAAAUAUCACAGCGCCGCCAGAGUUAAUGAAUGGAAAUGAUAGUCGCGAGCAGUCACAAGCAGCUCUGCUACCACCACCAACAACGGUUCCCUCUCAGCAACAGCGGCGUAGUGAUCAAAGCAAUCAUCUACGCCAGUCCUCAUCAGUCAGUGCCCAAAUUGGUUCUUCCAUGCCCAAGAUGUCUAACUAUCAAGGAACACAGAUAGGCGACAUACACGCAGAUAAAUCGAAACCGUCUGGUUUUAGUAAUCGUGUUCCGUCUAGCCAUCAGGCCAACAUUUCAUCGGCAACACAACGUGCUAGUAGUGGCAAUGCGCCCUCCUCUUCGAGCAAUAAUCAACGUAGUGCAAAUAGUCAGCAGGCGUCUCGAUCUUCGCUACCCAUGGAUUAUCACAAGUCUUCUCGUGGCAUACAACCCAUCGGUAUUCAGUCCCAUGCUGUCCAUAAGCUUCCUUCAAGUUCCAAGCAGCAGCAACCAGUCCCUCAAUUACAGGACGUGCGUAGCAACUUAUCUGUGCAAAAUUUAGCAGUAGCUCCUGGCGUUUCCUCUAAAGAAAUCGGCAAAGUUACCACAAGUAGUAGCAAGAUAUACCCAAAUGCUCUGCCACCCUUUAACAAUAGUGCAACAACGAAUCAGCUUGUGUCUCGUGGUGGAUAUCCGAGCGGUGCUGGUAAUGGCGGAAGCACUGGCGUACCACCCGCUCUUCCUGGUGGAUAUAAUCAAACGUCGCACCGCAGCAAGCCUGGCAUAGGCUCCUACGACCAGCAACUGCCUUAUAAUCAGAGCCAACCAAUGUCCAGUUACGGUCAUAUACAGCAUCAUACUCCAUUAGAGGUAGCCCCCUCUUCAACUAUGACGCAACAACAGCAGCAGCAGCAGCAGCUUAAUAAGAACAACUCAUUGUUCAGUCCAGAAUGGAACGAAACUAAAAAGGAGUCACACUUCAAUGGUUUACUACAUGCGCCAGCGGUCCCUGCGCAUGAUAGUUUGGGUUACAAAGUGAACAAUCAUGUGCGAGACAGGGAUAGCCCAAAGAAAGACCGACUGACACCUACCAAAAAGGAUAAGCAUCGUACAACGUUUCCACUCAUUAACGGUCCAGCUGGCAUCACAGCAAAAUCAUUCAUGCCACCACAUAAAAAGGCUCACGGGGAGGCAAAUGAACUGUCAGUUCCUGGUCGCGAUGGAAACAUGCUUAAGCGCCCCAAUGAUAUCUGUGACGGACAAUACGGCCUUAACAAAAUAGAUGAACAAGAUGGAAAUCAGCAGCGGGACAAGACUCGUAAAAUGGAUAGCAGUAUCGGUGUUCCUGGAUUUAAUAGUUACGAAGAGAAGCACACAGCCCUGUCAAUGUCAAAUGGUGGAAUUGAGACAACGCCCGAUCUGGUGCGAAGUUUGCUCAAGGAGAGUCUGUGUACAACGAACGCUUCCCUGUUAAAGCCUGAUGCACUUACUAUGCCAGGCUUAAAGCCACCUGCUGAGCUAUUGGAGCCCAUGCCACCUGCAAUGCAGUUUAAUAACAAAAGGGAUUUACUACAAACAGUUCCUACCAACAGUUUAUCUACUGCGCCCAAUUUAGAACAAGAAACUUUAGUGAAAGGGGACGACGAAAUCAGGGACCCAGAGUGCAGCAUUAAAGCUGAGAAGAAGAAGAAGAAGGAUAAGCACAAGCACAAGGAGAAAGAUAAGACCAAGGAUAAGUCCGAUCGAGAGGAGCGCAAGAAACACAAAAAAGAUAAGCAAAAAGAACGAGGUAUCAAAGAUCCAUCGCUUAAAUUGGUUAUUAAAACAAGCUCGUCUGGACCAAAUGCCAAUGGAAGCCUUCAAGUGGACACUGCAGCGCCACUUAAGCUAAAAAUCAGCAAAAACAAGCUUGAGCCCACUAACUAUUCCGCCGAUGGCUUACCGCCGGUGGCUGUUCCGUCUCCGCCAGACUAUGGCCAGACAUCAUCGUCCACAACCACAACAUUAAGUCAGCAGCAGCCGGUACUAAUGCCUGGAAUACUAAUGCCAUCCUAUGGAAGUUACAGCUCAGCAAGCAAUAACAGCAACAACACUACCAACAGUAGCAGUAGUAGUAGCAGUGGGAAGAGAAAGCACGGGGAUCGUGAUCGCGACAAAGAGACCAAGAAAAGUAAAACUCAAGAUUAUGCCAAGUACAAUGGUGUCCCUGGUGGAGCUGUGUAUACUCCUUUAGGCGGUGCAGGCGCCGCGUCAAUCCCGCAGGCCUCAGUCUCCAGCCUUCUGGUGCAGCCACAGCCUAUUUCAGUUGCUACCGCCGGGACGUUAUUGACCAAUUCAAUCGUGAUGGCGCCUGCAAGUCUCGCUACCACUCCGUCAGCGCUGCCUUACAACAAAAAGUAGUCGUAAUCAUUAUACAUAUGUAUUCUUGUUCUUGUUUUAAAAGAUUACCUUCUUCGACAACAUUUAAUUAAUUCUUAUGUAUAAGGUUUUAAUAGACGUAACUGUUGGUGAGGUAAUUUAGUUGGUUAAGCUUUUAUUUAUCCUGUUUUAAUUAAGUACAACCAACAAAAGCUUCAGCCGAUUGAGUAAUUUUAUAGAUAUUCACACAUUUGAAAAACUCAUUUUACUUUUGUACAGCAUUAAUUAAUUUGUAAUGAUAAUACAAUACAAAUACACAGAAUACUUGUAAACCAAAACUCUUUUGAUUAUAUUGCAUAUACCUUCAUAUAUAUAUGAAAACUGGAUUGGAUAUUCCAAGUAUGAAUACAUAGAACUAAGUUAGCGAAUUUAAUACCACACAAAAAAAUAUAUACGACUUUUUCAGCUCUUGUAUAUAGCCAUUAAAACCAAAUUAAGAUCAGCUGAAUUGCUGAAAAGAAAACUUCAAACUGAAUAUGAAAGUAAUCGUUUUUGUAGAGAAUGUGCUUUAAUUAUAAAUUAAAUACGCACUAAAGUUACUUA